AUGUGUGCUCGCAUGGAACCCCGUUGCGGGGAAGUUUGCGAGGAGAUGAGCGAAACGGACGCAAUGACGGAACAUGUCAGUGUAUUUACGCCUGUGGGCCACGCAGGAGCCCCACUGCCCCACGACUACUUCCAAGACGCAGAGUAUGGUAACUGUAGAAGCAGCAUCAGCAGCAGCACUCAAGACUGGUGCCGCGCAGACCCGGGGAGGUGUUGCGAUAACGAGGCAUCGGGCGUAAUGUCGCGGCUGCCGACAGAGCUGAAGACACAGAUCACAAGCAAGCUGUCUCAGUACGAUCUUGUGAAUGUCGCCAGGGCGUGGCCGGCGUUUCGCGAGGCCGCGACGGCGUCCCUGCACGAAAAAGUGGUGGUGGACGCACACUACUCAUAUCUGAAAGACGACUGUGAGCGCGCGACUUACAUUAAAACGCGCUACAACCUUAAAAAAUUUCUACAGCUAGCGGCGACGGGGUGCGAGCCGGGUGCGGGCGUGGGCCCCUUGGUGCGCUCCUUCGAAAUCGUUAACCUCCCUGACGGCAUGAGCCAUGCUGAGGCCCGUGCACUAGUUUGCGGUGGGCUUCCCGCUAUGACGGGGUUGAGCAAGUUCUAUUGCGACAUCGAUGCGCUAGCGCUACCCCCGCAGAUCCUGAAGCUGAUGCCCAACAAGCACGAGUUGCAGUCGCUGGCUGUAAACGUGGACUUGCGGCACAUGUGCGAAGACUUCGGGCGGUUCGAGCAGAUCCGCAAGCUCUCCGUGUCUCCCUUCUGUGACUCGCGCAAGCUGGCGUCUUUUCUUUCGCAGAUCCUGGUGCCUGGAGUUGUCGAAAACCUCUCGACGCUCCGCAUGGCCCGUGAGACAGCGUCGCUGCUCAAAAAAAACGCAACUCAGUCCCUGGUGGUAACGGGAUACAUGCUUGAUAACGGUGCCGCACGACCCGAUGCCUCCGAGGGUCAGGCUCAGGGCUUGGCGCUGCUGAGUCAACUGGACUUGGACUUCUGGAAGUUUCUGGACCGCAUCACGGCGCAGGGCACCCGCCUAUCCAGCCUCACCAGUCUAGAGGUCGAUGACGUUAACGUGGUUCCUGAAGACUGCGGCCGCGUGGCCCGCGGCCUGGCGUUGGACAAGCUGGAGUUCCUCUCGCUCACAAACGUACGCGAGUUCCAGGUGCUGCCCGCAGUGGACUACGAGGUGCGCGACUUCACCAGCCUGGCGCUGGAGCAUUUGCGGCCCAGUUUCCUGCUCGGGGUCGCGCCGCGACUCCGGUGCCUGCGGAAGUUGAAGCUGGACUACCGCGAGCCCAUCAUGGACUCCGGCCCAGAAUUCCUGCGUCUGCUGAAGUCCGACGCCCACACGGCGCUGGAGGAGCUUGACGUUUCCAUCCAUUGGGACGAAACCAAGCUGGCGAUGUGGCCCAGCUGGCACGCACUGGCACGGCGCUACGUGGCAGCGAUCGCCGCGUAUGGCGCAUCGCUCCGGAAACUGUCGCUGGUCGCCUAUCAGGAUUCCAAAUUCUACGAGCAGCCUAAGCGAAUCCCAGCUGACCUGCUACCUCAGUUAGCGGCCUGCAGCUCCCUGCGCAGCUUGCGCGUCCACGGUGAGUUCAUGCAGCUUGCCGGCAGCCCAGGCUCGCUUCUACCGUUAAUUGCGCAGCUGCGCCACUUGCAAGACUUAGACCUCGUUGGCAAGACAGCGCCGCAGCACAUGGGUUUGAUGGUCGUUCACGACGGCGUUCUGGACCGCUGGUACCGGGUAAUCCACGUUGCCAUCGCCCUGGCCCGAGCAAACUCGUCCUUACGCUUGGUGCGUGUCGACAAGUGCUUAUUCGAAUGCCGCCGCGACGGCACGGUCACGCCGCGCACCACAGACUCCGACGCCUGGUUCGACGCUCGCACUCGCGUGCAAAUGUCGGCUGGUGACUUCUAG